AUGAUUUCUAUCCCAACUCAAAAUGUGAUUCAAUUAGCUGCCGGAUUUUUAAUCAACUUUGUGGCGUUCAAUACACAAGGAUUCAUAGAAGAAUCCGUGAUAAAUAGUGUCUCUCGAAAUGGAUCAAUCAACAAACAUGCUGGAUACUACAGUCUAGCUAUCAUAUACGCAUUAUAUACUCUGGGUAACCUCACUGCUGCUCAAAUCGUCGAUGUACUGACCCCAAAAUGGGCAAUGUGCAUUGGAGCCCUGUGUUACGGUAGUUUUCAGGUUGGGUUCUUGUUUCUCAACUCUACUUAUCUAUACGUGACAAGCGCUGUGUUGGGAUUCGGAGCGUCGAUUCUCUGGACGGGACAAGGAUCCUAUCUUUCCCAAAAUUGCACAAAAGAGACAACGGGUCGAAUGUCAGCUCUCCUAUGGGCGAUCCACGAAUGUUGCCUGAUUGGAGGAGGAAUCAUGAUUUUCGUGGUCUUCACUUUAACAGCUUCUCAUGAUGUCAUUCCGAAUUUUUCGAUCAAACUCUUAUAUUCAAUCUUCACCGUGUUAUCAAUUAUGGCUGCUAUUGUUUUCUCAUUGCUCCGGGAGCCAGUAUACAAAAAAGAGAAACAAAGUUGUUAUAAGAAGUUGAUGACGUCCACAUUUCGAUUAAUGAUCACCAAGAAAAUGUGGUUACUGGCCGUGAUUUUUUCGUAUGCUGGAAUUGAACAAGCCUUCUGGACAGGAAUCUAUCCUACAUGUGUCUCAUUCACCCGGCAACUGGCCUACAACACGAAUGCCCUACUAGCUCUUAACCUGAUCUGUGUAGGCGUCGGACAGGUAUCAGCAGGCCUGCUCCUUGGAAUAUUAGGCGGCAAAGCUCGAAAAUUGGGUCGAGACUAUCUUAUCCUGAUUGCAACUCUUAUUCAUGUUCUGGCUUAUAUUUUAUGCGGUCUGAACUUUCCAUCAAACGCUUCGCUAGUCAAAACUGAUGAUUUUGGAUUGUUGUGGACUCCAAAUAUAUACGUUGCACUUGCCAAUGGAGUGAUGUUGGGAUUUGCUGAUUGCUGCUGGAAUACGCAAAUCAUGUCACUUCUAUGUGAAACAUAUCCAGAAAAGUGUGCUCAGGCAUUUGCGAUUUUCAAAUUCUAUGAGUCUGCCCUCUCAUGUGCCACAUUCAUCUUCUCCUCACUGGUGUCCCUACACUGGUUGCUGGCCACUCUUGCCACGUUUUCGAUUUUAGCUCUAAUCUCAUUCUUUAUCGUUGAAAGGGAACACACGGAAACGACGCCUUCAGAAUCUGUGGAGAUUGAAAAUCGAAUUUAA